AUGAAGAAAAUUUUAAAACACUUUCGCAUAUUGAGUGUACCUAUUGAAGAUAACCCUCUUGCAACAAUAAAUUUGUUUAUAGCGAAUUGUAAAGACAUAUCUGAAGGUGAUAACUCGAACGGUGAAACUCUAUGCGUAGCUGCGCUUGACAAUAUAAUUAAUGGAGAAAAAUUAAAGGCAUUUUUUUCGAAAUUUGGAAGAAUAAAAUGUUUUAAUCUUAUAGAAAAAGCAUAUUUAUCUAAAAAUUUUAAAAAUUUUGCUUAUUGUAUAUACUUAUUUUACGAGGAAAAAAAUGUAAUUGAAAUAAUCUUAGCAUAUACUGUUAAUAUAAAUGAGUAUUUUAAAAGCAAUAUACAGGUACCAUAUUCUAUACAUUUGGAAAAAAAAAAAUUUAUCUACUACUUAAAAAAUUAUUAUGAUAACCAUUAUAAUUUGUUUUACGGAAAAAAGGUAAUAAUUAAGGAUAUUUUAAAUUUAAAUAAGAACAAAGGAAAACGCUUAAUUGAUAAGGAUGGGUUUAAAAUUGUUCAGAAUGUUUCAGACAAGCCGGAAUUUGUAAAUUCAAUUUUUUCAUCCACAAAUGAAAAAAUUAGUUAUUUAAAAAAAAAAAAGAAAGUCAAAAUUCAUGAAAAUUUUUAUCUAUUUCGAAAAAAGGAUAUUUUGGGAAAUUCAAACAAUAUUUUUACAAAAGAAAAAAAAAAAAAAGCAUAA